CGUUUGUUUACCGUCUAGAGCCGUUGCAGUCAGAUACAGUUUGUUCAAGUUUAUUGCAGUUUGUUGAUAGUGAAUUAGUGUUUAUAUUGUAUUUGGUGAAACAUAUCUAUGAAAAUAUGUAUUCCUUCAGUGAUGAUGAAGAACUUACGGACAUCGAGAAAACUCGGUUGGAGAAUAUGAAAGAAAUAGAUAAAUUUGUGGCGGCAGCUUUUGGAUCUUCUGGAUUAACGGAAAAUCUAACAUAUCUGAAAGCCACUCAACGCAGGAUUCCCAGACAACGUAAAAAUGUACGAAAGCCUCUAUCCAUAAAUGUGGCAAAACUUACUGCAGCUCCCCAGGUUAAAAGAUCAGCCCGAUUAGCGAACAAAAAACCGGAGCUUUUUUAUAAGGAGUCAGCUGAGGGAAUCGAAGAAACUUUACCCAGAAAAAGUAUUUUGUCUUCAAGUGAAGAAGAAUUUGAAGAUGAUGAACCGACUUUCUUUGUGCCAAAAAAAAGGAGGACUAUUGUCACUAAAUUUGCACCAGUACCUUGUGUUGCUGUAGAGAAUAUCACUCAGGAUUAUUUGAACCGUAUUGCAUACAAAGGUUAUAAUAAAACUUAUUCAGAGCAAGGCACAAGCUGUCACCAAUGUAGACAAAAAACAAAGGAUAGUAAAACUUAUUGCAGAAGUGGUAAGUGUACUGGUGUUAGAGGACAAUUUUGUGGAACAUGUCUGAUGAACAGGUACGGCGAGGACGCACGCGAUGCUCUUAAAAAUCCAAAUUGGUCCUGUCCUCCCUGUCGUGAUAUUUGCAACUGUUCAAUUUGUCGCAAUAGGCAAGGGAAACGUCCCACAGGAAUACUAUUUCCAAUGGCACAAGCACACGGUCACAAAUCAGUCAAAGACUUUUUGGCCACUUUAUCUCAUGAAAAAAAAAUUGAAAAAAUCAAAGCAAAAUCUGCUGAAACUAUCGUUAAGGUUGACGAAAAAUCGAAAGUUAAAAAGGAUUUCAAUAUAAUUGGCUUUGAUAAAGCUGGAUAUGCUGUUUCAACUGAUCGCGAUGUGCCUUAUGAUGCAGCUGUAUUAGGGUUUGUGAAAGACAAAGCAGUAUGUCGUUUGGAUUCAUAUCUAAAGAUCUAAUAUGUUAACUUUUGCCAGAUGUAUUAUGUUAUAAUGCUCCGUAUUUUGAAUGAUUUGUGUUCACGUUUAUUCAUUGUUAAUUUUUUUUAGUUUAUUUUCGUUCUAUAUUUAUUAAUAAUGAGAGGA